CACUCUCGAGUAAAGUGUGCCCACGACAGUAAUCGCCAUGAAAUUAGCCAAAGUUAACAGAGAGGUUCUCAAUUCGGCUUUGUUAGGAUUUGACGUUUAUGUUUUUGUACUCUGCAUUUUAUACUCUGUCUAACUUGGAGAAACUCAUACUGCACAGUGUACAGAGUGAACUGCCUGAGUAUGGUGGAGAUGGUUUUGUCAGUUUAUCCAUAUUGUACAUUUCGUUUGCUGUAUUUAUGUGGUGUGUGGCUCCCGUCAUGAGUGUUACUGGACCAAAAUGUGCCCUUACCCUGGGAGCAGUUGGGUUCAGCUUGUACCUGGCUUCAUUCCUGGCUGAGCGAAGCUGGGUGUUGUAUCUCGGCUCUGCCUGCAAUGGUAUUGGAGCAGCCCUCAUUUGGACCUGCCAAGGAGUCUACAUCAUCCUCAACUCUACAGCUGCUACUAUCACAAGAAACACUGCUAUAUUCUCUGGGCUCUGUCAUUCAUCAAUGCUCUAUGGGAACCUCUUUGUUUACAUCAGUUUUGAGGGAAAGACGCGUAUUGACAGAUCAGCCCAGUUGCUGGUGAUAUGGGUGCUGCUGGGCCUGACUGUUGUGGCUGUUAUAUUAGCGUUGUUACUGCCUUCUCCUGUCCAUGCAUCAGAACGCUCUUCGCCACGUGUUGGGGUCCUGCAGGCGAUCCACAAGUCCUGGGCUGUAGCAACUUCCACACACAUGCUCAUUCUUUGUCCAAUGUUCUUUUAUUGCGGUUUGCAAAUAUCCUAUUUGUCAGGGGUAUUUGGUGCUGCAGUUGGAUUUACAACAUACUCUGAUGGGUUUUCUCCCAACCAGUUGGUAGCUGUCACUGGGUUCUCUACGGGAAUUGGUGAAGUUCUGGCUCAGGUACUUCUGAUAUUGAUCAAUCCCUUCCUGGAAAACAGGCCUUGGAUGCGUACCGCCAUUGUCUUCCUAGGGAUGAUCAGUGAUUUUAUUGCAUUCCUUCUCUCCUACUUAAUGUAUGCUGACAAUUCAAUCUUUGGGCCAACGAGUGACUCCACCAUCAUCACUUCUAGAUCCUGGAUAGCCAUGGUGAUAGCUCUGCUACUUGGGCUCAGUGAUGGAAUAUUUAUGCCAAUGCUGAUAUCUGUGGUUGGCAAGAUUUAUCCUGAUGCAACAGCUUCUGCCCUCACUAUAUACACUUUUUGUUUUAGUUUAGCAUCAGCUGUCAGUUUCUUCUAUAGCGCAUUUUUAGGUUUGCACAUGCAAAUUACUGUGUUAGUAGGACAAGGGAUAACAGGUGCUUUGGCCUUCGCUUAUGUUAAUUAUCACGUUUGGAAAAAAUAAACUUAUUUUUUUAAUUUUUAUACUUUAAUCUAUACAUGAACAUUCACUUUCUUAAAAAAUACAAUCAAGAUAUAAACUAAUUUCCAGAAAAAGAACAGACAAAGUGCAGAAUAUUUGUUUUACUACUAUCUUUUCACAUUGGCUCAAAGUAAAAUAAUCGUCACUUCAUGCACUCUUCUUGUUGAUUAUAAAAAACUUCAGGUGCUUCAGAUGUUUUCCAAUCUUUUACUCUUAUCUCUAUGUGUGAUACCUGGCCAGUGAACACACGCCCACCAAUCUUGCAAACCACACUGGACUGGUUCAAUCAUCGCUGCUACAUCACCUACUUCAUAUUGUAAUAUUAAAUGUGACAUUUAUUAUAAUAGUUGUUUAAUUUUGCA